AUGAGCAGUACCGCACCGAGUACUACGGCCCAUAGUAUACAAGAGAAUGCUACCUAUAGAAACCCUCAAUUCUUCCUACCGCAAGCCAAAAUCCUUCAAGACCGAGCGGCCUACAUACGUCAAGAAUGGGCGAGACAAGAGGCCUUACAAGCCAAGCAGACAGCCACUCAGCCAGAGCACUCAGUCAAGCAAGAGGAGGAGCAAUGCAGUACGGAGAAUAUCGCGGAGACAGUCAGCAACAGCAGUGACACAACAGGUCUACUCUCCACGGUCUCACAUCAAUCCACUCAGCCAGUGCAAGAGGAGGAACUACAACAGGCGAAUGCGGAGAACACUGCGGAGAAUACUGCGGAGAAACCAAGCGACAACAAGGCCACCAUCAGCAAGAACACGGCUCAGCUCUCCACAAUCCCACGUCAUAUACUCUCCACGAUUCUACGUCAAAUCACCACUCAGCAGGCGGAGAACGACACUACAAUUUGGCCUACUAUCUCUGCGUGCCUUAACAAUAUCACAUUGAUAUAG